AGCUUAAUGGAACGACGUGGUUCCCGGGAUGGUCGGCGCCCAUCACUAGCUGAGCUCAUACCCGACUGGCCGAUCCUGCAAAAAGUGGUGAUACGACAGAAAGCAGAUGCUUUCAUCAAACCUCUCGUUAACGUCCAAGUCAAAGAGGGAAAGGACAAGAUCGCACGUUUUGAAGCUGUCUUUAACAAAUCAGGAGUGAAGGCAAAAUGGUUUAAGGGCAAACAGGAGGUUUUCAUGGGUAAAAAAUAUCACAUGAGUAGUACAGGUGAUCUCCAUGUGUUGGAAAUAAUGAAUCCAGUUGAGGAUGAUGGUGGAAAGUACACCAUUCAGUGUUUGGAUACUUCCUGUUCAGCAAUUAUGGAAGUGGAAGAGCCUGAUCCUGUAUAUAAGUUUGUGAAGAAGCUUCCUUCCAAAGUGGAAGAGUACACACUAAAAGAAACUAUUCUUGAGUGCUCAACCAACAGCCAUAAAGCUCCUGUCAAGUGGUUCAAGGAUGGAAAGAGAAUUGAGUCAGGUGACAAGUUCAUCAUAGAUUCUGAUCUACUUGGGAGAAAAAUUCUUAGAAUUCAAAAUUCCACACCAGAAGAUAGUGGGGAAUAUUCUUGUAAGAUCAAUAGCCAGGAAAAGACUUCUACAAAAGUUAGAAUUACAGAACAAAAGUUCACAUUCAUGAAGCCACUGAAGAGCAUGAAGGUAAUGGAGAAAGAAACAGUAACUUUUGAAUGUGAAGUGGAUGAAUGGGAAGCCCAAGUCAAGUGGUUUAAAGAAGGAACUGAAAUCAAGAAAGAAAAAAGAAUUGAUAUUACUAGUGAAGGCCGUAAACGUCGUCUUAUCAUAAAAGGAGUUAAAAUAUUAGAUGAGGGAGAAUAUACUUGUAAAACUAAUGCUGACACAACCACUGGAGAACUUAUUGUUGAGCCUGCAAAUAAAAUUGUCAAAAAACUGAAAGACCAGUCAGUAUUGGAGAAGGAACAAGUGAUCUUAGAAGUUGAACUGCUUGAUAGUAAAGCUCCAAUACAGUGGUUUAAAGAUGGAGAACCUAUUAAAUCUUCAGACAGGGUACUUAUCAAGGCACUAGAAGCUGGAAGACAUCAGUUAAUUAUUAAUAAGUGUCAGAUGGAUGAUGCUGGAGAAUACAAAUGUGAAAGCAAGGAGCUUAAGUCCAAUUGUAAAUUAACCGUUUCUGAAGCUGAAAAAGCUCCCGUAAUCAAGCUGAAGAAGUUGGACUUUGUUGGUGAUUCUGGCAAACCACUGACAAUUGAAAUACCUUAUUUUGUUGCGGGAACAAGAACUUCAGAUGUUGCUGCAAAGUUCCUGCGAGAUGGGAAACCAAUUUCCAGCAAAGAAUGUGAUAUAGCAGUAAAACCAGACAUGAUUGUUAUAACUUUCAAGAAGACUUUUCGUGGCACAUCUGGAGACUAUGACUUCCAAAUUAUUAAUGCUCAAGGAGAAGACAAGUGCAAGCUCAAUAUCAACAUAACUGAUGUUCCUCAGCCUCCAGAAGGACCCUUGGAAAUAUUUGAUGUUUAUAAAGAUCGAUGUAAGUUAUCAUGGAAACCACCAAAGGAUACAGGAGGACUUCCACUACUGAACUACAUUGUGGAACGGCAAGAUCUUGGUGUGCGAGGUGGAUGGACAGAACUUACCACUACAGAAAGUACAAAGCUUGAUGUUACUGAUCUUGUAGCCAAGAAGGAAUACAAGUUUAGAGUUCGUGCUGUUAACAAAAAGGGAGCUUCUGAUCCUUUAGUGGCACCCAAAACAACACUUGCUAAAGAUCCUUAUGAUGAACCAAGUAAACCUGGAAAUAUUGAAGUGACUGACUGGGACAAAGACCAUGUGGAUCUGAAAUGGGAGGCUCCAGAGAAAGAUGGAGGAGCUCCUAUUACUAGCUACGUUAUCGAAUACAAAGAUAAAUUUUCAAAGGACUGGAAUAAAGGAUUAGAAGUACCUGCAGACCAGUUAACUGGCAAAGUUCAAGAUUUGAAAGAAGGUGUACAGUAUGAAUUCCGUGUACGUGCCGUUAAUAAGGCAGGACCAGGUGAUCCCAGUGAUCCAACCAAACCUCUUAUUGUAAAAGCCAGAUUUGUUAAGCCUUAUAUUAUUGGUGAUCAGUUGAUCAAUAUUGUGGUGAAAAAAGGACAGGUUGUGAAGUAUGAUAUCCAGUUUGGUGGUGAGCCUCCUCCCGAUGUACUGUGGCAACAAAAUGAUGUAGAAAUCAAGCCAUCAAACAAAAUAACAAUUGAGAAAAAUAAUAGGAACACAGUCAUAGUUGUGAAAGAUACCACUCGGGCAGACAGUGGAAAGUAUAAGUUGACUUUGACCAAUACUUCAGGCAGCGUAUCAUCCAUGGGAGAAGUAGUUGUGCUAGACAAGCCACAACCUCCAACAGGACCACUGAAGGUAGAGGAAGUUCGUGCCAAUCAUGUCAAGCUGAAAUGGAAAAAGCCUAAGGAUACUGGUGGACAAGACCUGAAAGGAUACGUUAUUGAAAAGAUGGAUACUGAAACUGGAAGAUGGGUACCUGCUGGUGAGGUUGGACCUGAAAAGGAUGGUUUCAAGGUAGAGGGCUUGACUCCCAAGAAAAAAUACAAGUUCAGGGUUAAAGCCGUUAACAAAGAAGGAGAAUCAGAUCCAUUGGAGAUUGAUGAGCCAAUUGUUGCAAAAAAUCCAUAUGAUGAACCAGGAAAGCCCUCAGCUCCUGACAUAGUUGACUGGGAUAACACCCGGGUUGACUUGAAAUGGUCCCCACCAGAGAGUGAUGGAGGCAAGCCUAUCACUCAUUAUAUCAUUGAAAUGAAGGAUAAGUUUACCACAGAUUGGGUUGAAGCCAUGAAAACAGAAAAUGAAAAGCCCGAGGCUCGAGUACCUGACCUUAAGGAAAACAUGGUUUACCAGUUUCGUGUCCGGGCAGUCAAUAUUGCUGGACCAAGUGAACCAAGUGAUGCUACUAAGAACCACAUUGUAAAACACAGAUACUUGAAACCUAUGAUUGACCGUACCAACCUCGUCAGUGUGGUGAUUAAGGUAGGAAAAUCUCAUAAAUUUGAAGUAGACAUUAGAGGUGAACCUCCACCUGAUGUAGUGUGGACUUUUGGUGAGAGUGGAGUUAAACUUAGUAAUGAUGAGCACAUCAAAAUAGAAAAUAGAGACUACCACUCUGACAUCACUGUGAAUAAGGCAACAAGAAAACAUUCAGGGAAGUACAUAAUCACAGCAACAAAUUCAUCAGGCAAGGACACAGCCACAGCUGAACUAACAGUACUUGGAAAACCUUCCAGACCAGAAGGUCCACUGGAAGUUAAUGAUGUCCAUAAAGAAGGAUGCAAACUGAAAUGGAGGAAGCCUAAAGACGAAGGUGGCACUCCUAUCAAGCAUUAUGAAAUUGAAAAACUUGACAAAGAAACUGGAAGAUGGACUCGUUGUGGAAAGAGUGACAAACCAGAUUUUGAAGUGACAGGUUUGACUCCAGGGAAAGAGUACCUGUUUCGUGUAGCAGCUUUGAAUGACGAAGGAGACUCUGAACCACUAGAAACUCUUGAACCAAUUGUUGCCAAAAAUCCUUAUGAUGAGCCAGGUAAGCCAGGGACUCCAGAAUUAGUUGACUGGGAUAAUGUAAGUGUUGACCUGAAGUGGCAACCUCCCAAGAGUGAUGGUGGUGCUCCUAUCACAAAAUACUUUAUUGAAAAAAAAGAGAAAUUCACCUUGAACUGGGAGAAAGCAGUUGAAGUUCCCGGUGAUAAGUUGGAAGCUAAGGUACCUGAUCUGAAAGAAAGGCAAGAAUUCCAGUUUCGUGUUGUAGCUGUCAAUAAAGCUGGACCUGGUGAGCCAAGUGAUGCCACCAACAAUCACUUAGUAAAACAUCGUAGAUUAAAACCAUAUAUUGAUCGAACCAACCUGGAUACCACCACAGUUAAGAGAGGUAAAAAUAUCAAACUGGAUGUGAACAUUAGAGGAGAGCCACCUCCCAAAGUCACAUGGAUGGUGAAAGAAAAGGUUGUGGAGAACACUGAGCACAUUGAAAUCAUUAAUGUGGAUUACAACACAAAGCUGAACAUUACUGAUGCUCAGCGUAAACACACUGGAUUGUACACAAUUAUUGCAGAGAAUGAAGUUGGCAAAGAUGAAGCUGAAGUUGAAUUAGUGGUUUUAGGAGCUCCAACAAGACCACAAGGUCCACUUAAAGUUGAAGACGUUCAUGCCAAAGGCUGUAAGCUCAAAUGGAAGAAGCCUGAAGAUGAUGGUGGCAAGCCCAUUCAACAUUAUAUUGUGGAGAAAAUGGAUCUUGAUACUGGAACUUGGGUGCCUGUUGAUCGUACUGAUUCCGACAAACCAGAAAUUGAGGUAAAAGGUUUGGUGCCUGGCAAAGAUUAUCAGUUCCGUGUAAAGGCUGUCAAUCCAGAAGGAGAAUCUGAACCUCUUGUAACGGAUGCACCAAUCAAAGCUAAAAAUCCCUAUGAUGAGCCUGAAGCACCAGGAACACCUGAAAUUGUUGACUGGGAUGAGAACAAAGUUGAUCUCAAGUGGGAACCACCAAAAAAAGAUGGAGGAGCUCCUAUAACUGGAUAUGUUAUAGAAAAAAAAGAAUAUUUAUCCACAGAUUGGGAACCCUGCCUAGAAACAAAGAGCUCAAAACCAGAAGCUACAGUACCAGACUUAAUUAAAGAUCAGAAGUAUCAAUUCCGUGUUCGAGCUGUGAACAAAGCAGGAGCAGGACAACCCAGUGAGCCAACAGGAAUUCACACUGCUAAGCCUAGAUAUUUGGCUCCAAAGAUUAUUCGAGACAAUCUGGAACCAAUAACAGUACGAGCUGGUCAGCUGGCCAAGCUAGAUGUUGAAGUUAUUGGAGAACCUCCUCCAAAAUUAACUUGGUCUUUCCAGGGAAAAGAACUUCUGCCAAGUGAUAAGGUUAAGGUAGAAAAUGAAGAGUACAAAACCCAUCUGCGUUUAAGUAACUUAGUCCGUAAAGAUACUGGAAAAUACAAAAUUGCUGCAGUCAACAGUUCUGGAAAAGAUGAAGAGGAGAUUGAAAUUAUUGUUUUAGACAAACCAUCAGUUCCAGAAGGACCUCUAGAGGUAUCAGAUGUUUAUGCUGAAGGCUGUAAGUUGAAAUGGAAUAAGCCAAAGGAUGAUGGUGGUUUACCUCUAGAAGGUUACGUAGUUGAAAAGAUGGACACUUCUACUGGCCGUUGGGUCCCUGUUGGCAAGGCUAGAAAAGAUAAACCAGAAAUGACAGUCAAUGGGCUUGAUCCUGGGAAAAAGUACAAAUUCCGAGUGAAAGCUUUGAAUGAAGAAGGAGAAUCAGAUCCUCUAGAAACAGAGAGGGCAACUCUUGCAAAGAAUCCAUAUGAUGAACCUGGUUCUCCAGGACGUCCAAAAGUUACUGAUUAUGAUUCUGACUUCGUGCAACUUAAUUGGGAACCCCCCGUAAAUGAUGGUGGUGCUCCUAUCAGUGGGUACAUCAUUGAGAAGAAAGAUAAAUACAGUCCUAACUGGAUUCCAGCUGCAGAGAUUCAAGGAAAUAUCCCUCAAGGGAAAGUGAAGGGCUUAAAUGAAGGGGAUAAAUAUGAGUUCCGUGUUAGAGCUGUCAAUAAAGCUGGACCUGGUGAACCUAGUGAAGCAACUGCACCUCAUUUAGCAAAACCCAAAUUCUUGAAGCCACGCAUUGAUCGAACUAACCUCAAGAAUGUGACACUCAAGGUUGGACAGAUUGUGAAGUUUGAUGUGGAUGUCAUUGGUGAACCACCUCCAAAAGUUGAAUGGAAGCUGAAAGACAAAGUUUUGGGGACAGGCGACAUGUACCAGAUUGACAAUGUAGAUUACAACACAAAAUUUGAAAUUUUACGAGCUACUCGCAAGGAGAGUGGCUUGUAUAAAAUUAUUGCAACCAACAGUAGUGGUAGUGAUGAAGCUGAGGUGGAAAUCACUGUUUUAGGAAAACCAAAUCGACCUAAUGGCCCUCUUGAAGUGUCUGAUGUCCACAAGGAGGGCUGCAAACUCAAGUGGAAAGAACCUGAUGAUGAUGGAGGAACACCAAUUGAAUGUUAUGAAAUUGAAAAGAAGGACGAGGAUACUGGUUUGUGGGUUCCAGCUGGAAAGUCUAAGGAACCAACUUUUGAAGUGAAGAAUCUGGUCCCAGGGAAGAAAUACCAGUUUCGUGUACGAGCAGUCAACAAAGAAGGUGAUUCCGAUGAAUUGGAGACUUCUCAUGCCACCCUUGCUAAGAAUCCAUAUG